AUGGCGGCUCCCAAGGGGAGCGCCUUGGCGUUAGCGGCUGUGCUGCUGCUGCUGCUGGCGGGUAACGUCGUGCCGUGCGCGGGUCAGGACACGAGCCUGCAGCAGUGCUUCUGGCCGCUCAACGACACGGAGGCGGUAAUUUUAAAAGUUGUGGCGGCGAACCUAGAUUACUUUCCCCUCGACCUGGCUUUCAUCACCACCUGCGUCAAUGUCGGCGUCACUUGCAGCGACAGUGGCUACAUCACUCAAAUCCAAUGGCAGAGCAUGGCAAUACAAGGAGAGCUGCCUUCAGAGAUUUUCCAGCUGGUGCACCUUGAAUACCUGGACAUGGGAUUGAACAAGUUUUCGGGCAGCCUUCCAGAUGCCAUCGGCAACAUGGUCUCUCUCGUGGACCUGCUCAUGAUAGGAAAUGACUUCACAGGGCCGCUGCCCAGCACCAUGGGGCGCCUCACCAACCUCUACAUCUUUUGGCUGGACAACAACUUGUUUUCGGGGUCGCUGGCGCCCCUCGCUACUCUCUCCUACCUCAGCUUCGUCAACAUGUGUUGCAACCGUUUCAACGGCUCCAUACCGUCUACCUUCGCCAGCAACAUCUUGUACUCCUUUGACGUGUCAGUGAACGAGCUUACAGGGCCCCUGCCAUCCAGCCUCGGGUUCACUGUAGAUGUUGACAGCCCAAAAUUCGACAUCUCUCACAACAACUUUUCGAGCCGAGCGUUCUUUUCCAAGCCAAAUGUGGGCCGUACUACCAACACCAUCAACUACUCGCACAACAGAUUCUCAGGAGUGCUCGACCCCUCCCUCUCCACCCUCACCAACCUCCGCGAGCUGAACAUGUCAGGCAACCUCCUCAUGGGGUCCAUUCCAGCCUUCAUCUCGCGCCUCACCAACCUCACUCUGCUCGACCUUUCUUCCAACCACUUCACUGGCACUGUGCCGCCAGCUGUCAGCAACCCCACUGGCCUCGUCAGCAUUGACAUCUCAGCCAUCGCAUUGAACGGCACUGCUCCGCCCUUCUUUGGUCUCAUGCCCAACCUGACCCACCUAAACAUGGCCAUCAACCAAAUCUUCGGCUCGCUGCCUCCGUCAAUCUUCAACCUGCGACAGCUCUCCCACCUCAACGUGUCUCGCAACCACCUCUCAGGCCCUCUGCCCAACGCUGCUGCCAGCCCAGCUCUCAUCAUGUGCGUAUGCCCUACCAACCACACGAACCCUGGUAACCACAAGAACCCUGGUAACCACAAGAACCCUGGUAACCACAAUAUCUCUGGUAACCCCAAAAGCCCUGGUAACUACCAUUCCAUUCGAAUAAUGCGAGCACGUAUCUCUCUCUCCCUUAUACCCCCAUCCGUGGCUCUCUCCCAUAUCCCCCUCGACACGCAUUCAACACGCUCCCAUUUCCACAGCGACCUCUCAUUCAACGCGCUCUCAGGGUCGCUGGAGAGCCGCCAUUUCAAUCUCAAUCGUCUGGCCAUGCUGUGA